UCUGAGCUGCGCCUAAUUAAUGCGACACUUUUGACCGGCCGCACGAAACUCGGCCGGCCUUGACCAUGACAUCUGCUUCAAAUCUGGCUUCCAUCAAUUCAUUUCAAACAAUUGCAGCUUCAAGGCCAACUGGGUUUACUAGCUGCUUCGAUCAACCAUAUUCGUUUCCAAAGUGGAUCGUGAUGAGGAUCUUCAGAUGCUGCAGGGAAAAUGGGAAAAGAACAACUGGAAUGGAGCAGCUUGUUGUCGGAAUUAUUACUGGAGCUGCUUUAGGAUUCUUUCUUGGAGUUUUACGCCAAGCUUUAUUCACAUCAAAUAUGAAAAAUGUUUCAAUAGGUACUGUUAACAAACGUUUGCCGGACCAAGAAUCGGUCAAGUCAAGCGGAGAAAUCAGCACCACACAAAACCAAAACCUUGCCAAUUCUACAACGAUUUGGGUGGCAACAAAUCCAAAAGGAGCGGAGAGAUUAGUUCCCGGCAUUGUUGCAUCCGACUCGGAUUUUUUUCUCCGACGCUUAUGGGGAAAUCCAGCGCAGGAUCUAAUUACUAAACCCAAGUAUUUGGUAGCAUUUACGGUCAGCUACGACCAGAAGAAGAUCAUUGAUGCUGCAGUGAAAAAAUUUUCAGAUAACUUUACAAUUCUUCUAUUUCACUAUGAUGGUCGAACGUCUGAGUGGGAUGAAUUCGAGUGGUCCAAGAAGGCCAUCCAUGUUACCGUUCAUCAACAGACUAAAUGGUGGUAUGCAAAAAGAUUUCUACAUCCAAACAUUGUUGCACCAUAUGAAUAUAUAUUUAUAUGGGAUGAAGAUUUAGGAGUGGAGCAUUUUGACGCUGAAGAAUACAUUAAACUUGUGAGAAAACAUGGAUUGGAAAUUUCACAACCUGCAUUGGUACCCAAUGAGGGAGUGUGGAUAAUAUAUAACAUAACAAGGCAGAUAAACGGCAUGGAAGUUCACAAUCCCCACAGUUCACUACGGCAGUGCAUAACCCACUACUGAGCAAUCGGUUGACACAAGGGACUGCACUACAUCGUGGUGCCAGCAGGUCGGGCGGUUAAUCCCCGAAUCAAAACGAGGUAGUGGUCCCCCAUUAGACCAGCAAAUAUAAUACCUAUAUGAAUAUAAAAGAUGCUCAUUAUGAAUCUAAAUGGCUAUUUUUUAUUAUGGAAAUGAACUCAUCAUUAAAUGUACCAAGAGAUGUACAAUAUACAUACUGUUAAAAGCUAGUUUCUAUGUUGUGAGAUUAACAUCGCUCUAUUUGGCAUUAAAGUACUCUUGCUAUUACCAGAAACUUCAUUUUAAAGAACGGAGGUAAGCUUUCAUUUACCAACAUUAUAUUUCUCAUUCCAUACUUUCAUGAUUAGAGAAAUAAACGAGAGAAGAGGUGAUCAAUUCCAAAACACUCGGCAACCUAUAGAUGCGGCAUUGGAUUUUAAGCUGAAAUUUUGUGGACAUCAUCUACAUUUCAUGAAGAACAUUCUCAAAAAUAUGCAUCAGGCAAUUCAACCCGGAAGAGUCUUUAACGCGGUUGGCUGUACGUGCCCGACCAGAUAAGUCCUCUAUAUCUCAUAUAGUAAUUCCUUAGUUUAAUAUCAGGUUUAUUGAGAUAAUGGCACCUGUCUUUUCUCGGAGUGCAUGGAAAUGUGUGUGGUAUAUGAUUCAGGUACAUGCAAAUGAAAUGUUAUCUAUAUAUCUCAUCACCUUUAAUUAAUUUCCCCCUUCUUUUGUUGUUACAAAAGAUAUGAAAAUCUCUACUUUAAUUUUCUCAUUUGAAUUCAGAAUGACUUAGUGCACGGUUGGGGAUUUGACUCUAAUUUUCGAAGAUGUGUAACGCUAUUAGCCCACCAUACCAUUGGAGUACAUCUUUGCUUCUAGCUUGGGCAAGCAAAUUAGCUAAAACAAGCUAAUUGCUAGAAAGGAGAGAAACUUGAAUUAAAAUGAGACAAGCAUUGUGGCUAACCAUUGGACUAUCAUAUUGCUGGAAAAUGGAUUAGCUAGAAAAAAUGAUGUGGCAAGCAAAACUACAAUGUGUUUAGCUAACCAUUGGAGAUGCUCUUAUGUAUUCAAUGAAUACAUCAUCCACAUGUUUGGACGUUUGGUUUUCUUUCUCAAUCACUUGGUCAGAGUUGGGCUUACCAAAAAUGACACCAGCAGAUAUUGAGAAGAUGGGAGUCGUUGAUGCUCAACCAAUUGUUCACCAAGGCAUACCUUCCCUUUCGGGCGCCAUGGAAAAUGGGAAUUCUACAAGAAACGAUGAAAAGAUGAAGAAUGAGACAUCCAAACGAAAUGAGGUGAGAGAAAGAGGUCAAAGAGAGGCACAGAUGUUUUAUAUCAGGAUGGACAAUGCAGAAAAGGCAUAUUAUAGAUCAAUUAGAGUAAAUAAUUGCACUACAUAAUUCUAUAAUUUUCUUCGUUUGAAAUUUGCAUUGGAUCUCAAGAGGCCAAAUUAAUUAGUGUGCACACCCCCGUUGGCCUAUAAUUUAUUGAGGUAUGAUGUUGGAAUUAUUAUUGAAAUGGGGACCCUAAAUCGCUACCUUUCUCAUGAGGCAAAAUUUCAAAAGAAGAGUUAAAUGAACUUCGAGGCAAUGACAUCAAAUGUAUAAUAUGUGAG